CAGAUAGCAAAGAUGUAGUCCGCCAUGGUUUUCGCGUCUUGGCAAAAGAAAUAUUUUUCCCAAUUCAACUAUGGUAAGAAGUGCUAUUUCUAUUGUUUUUGGAUUAGCGAUAGGUGUAAGAUUUGACAACAAUUUGCCUUUGGUUUACCCAAUUAUUCGGCGAAAUUAUCAGUGGUAGCGAGCUUUGCGUACUCUGCGUACUGGAGGCGUCUGCUCAACUCGGUGGUGAAGUUAGAUAUUAAAGCGCCUAAAAAUACUGCGUUAUUAAAGAAAUCUAGUGCUUUUACCGGCCACUAAUGCUACAAGUUAAUGGACUAUUUGAACAAUAGAACAUUGCAGGUGAUUCUAGCGGGAUAAUUUUCUCUGAUAAUGGAUUUUGAGAUAUAAUUACAAAAUUUUCCUGGCGGUACCUUUGUCAACCGUGAUAAAUGAAAUCUCACUGCUUAUAAAGCCCCUGAAGAAGCUUGAGUAGUUUUCUCGCACAUAAAAGCUGAAAGCCCUAUAUCUUAAAAGAAGUGAAAAGGCACCGAAACUAAUGGAGAUUGUCCAUCUUAUAAUUAAAAUAUAUUUAUUUGUUCAGCUGAAAUAGUUUUUUUGUAUCCAAAUGGGUUAGGUUGGCCUGUCAAGUGGCCAAGUGAGGCCAUUACCUAUUUGUGAUUUAACUGCCUUGACAACAUAACUGCGUGGACAAAUUGAUGAAUUGUUCCAGUUGCCAACAAUGACACAACCUGACCCAAUUUCUAAAAAAAAAUUAAUAAAAAGGGGGAAAAUAUUAGAGCUUACUAUGGUCUCCUGUCAUAACAAUGCAGUACAUUGUAUUCAACAUUUAAAAACUGUGUGAAAAAUGAACAUGAUGAAUACAGGGCUAGAAAUUAACUUGAAUUCCAGCUUGUCCUUUGGGCAAGCAGCUCUCAGCUUUUGCUUCCCUGGAGAGACUUCUUACUCGUCUUAGUUAAUGAUUUACUGGUAGUUAGAAGAUGACUCACUAAGACCUGGCCUUGCCCAUGGGCCAUUGGGGCAAGUAAGCUUUAAAAUGUACUUGUUCAGUAAGAGAAUCUAUCUAUCUUGCAUUACCGGACUGGACUAUUUUCAGGCCCGGGAAUCCAGCGAACAAAUAUGUGCUGAAAAUUAAAGGAAAGUUGUUAAACUGUGUUAGCGUUUGUUGACUAUGCAGAGGAUGUCAAUAAUAGAACUUUUUCUCUUGUUUGUAACAUCUAAAAUAGGUAACAUUAAAUCAACAAAAUCUAUGGUAAAAUCUGUAGGAUUUUACCCUGGAAAAAGAAUGUCCCUCAUAAAAACAGAAGCCCAUUAGAACUAACCAAUUAACAUACAAAAUUCACAAAACCUUUAAUCAUUUUGCUUUUUUAGCCCCGACACAGCUCAAACGAGUAUUCCUUAGAAAGGCUAGUUGAGAAUAACAACAGAUUUUCACAGACAAGCCAUUAGUUCACUGGUUUCAAGCUUUGCAUAGCAUAAAUUAUUCACUUUCAAAUGACAGCACCAUAUAUUACCCACCAUUUUUCAUAAGUUAUUAUGAUUUUGGACUGAAAAAAGUAUUAUAUCAUCUGAUAGUUUUAUUCCAAUUCAUAAGUACCAAAUUUUCUUGGUCAUUUAAAAUUUUAGAAAGUACUUAACAACUUAGCCUCAAAAGGAAAUUAAGAGAUUUUACUUAAGAUCCAAGAUGAUUUUAGAGCUGUUUCUGGAUAAUGCAUUAAUACUUUGUUUAAAGGGAUUUUUUUAGGAUAAAACCUGUCAUCUGUUUCUUUGUCUGAACAGAAAACACUGCUUUGCAUUAGGAGUUCAGGAAAUUACUUUUGCUAUCUCUGUUUUAUAAAGAAAUCUAAAAGUUCAUCAUGAGCUUCAAUGAAGUUCUAAAUUUCCUUCCAACCUGCUGGUCAUUGUUGUUUUUAUAACCAGGAAAAGCUGUGAUUCAAUAUUAAACAAAAUAACAUUGAAACCAUUCUCUUGGCUAUGAAGUUGUCAUAGCAACUUAAUGUGUAUUGUGUGGAGUCAAAUGUUUCUGAUUUUAACCCCAAAAAAUACAAAGCUCUCCGACGUGUUUUUUUUUUUGCCUACUUUAUUUCUCAAAAACGAAACUCAAACUAGCAAAAAAAGUUCAGAACAGUUUUUACACUAAAUCAAAGUCACAUACAAAAAUUCAGUAACUUUGAAGGCCUUUCAAGAAUAAGCAAAAAAUCACAGUGUUGUUCUGGCAGCAGAGCCCAUGAUAUUAUAAACUUUUUGUCAUCUGUGACUGUUUAAUGGUUGUUUGUUGUUUAGUUGUGAGAUUACCACUUUUAGCCUAGAUUACCCAAUAUAUUUUUAAAUAUUAUAAAAGAAGUAAACCAUUUGUGUUAUUUCCUAUUAUGCAUUGUUUCAAUAGAUUGUUAGCCUGCGAGCAAGCUCUCCCAGGGGUAUGGAGUACCCCUGAGAGAGUUGUGAUAAUUACUGUAUGUUUACUGUAUGGUUGAACACUUGAUUUUCUCACAUCUUAAUGAAUAAAUUUCAUGUAUUGGAACUGCGGCAUGGAGAAAUAAAGGUAAAGAAGGAUCUUCUUUGCAUUUAUUUCUUCAUUCCGCAGUUUCAACCAUACGUAUAUGUUGCAACCCAAUUUAAUGACCAGCUCCCAGUUGGCUUGCUAGCUCAAUAACAUUGGUUAGAGCACUGCACUGGUAUUGCAGAGGUCAGGGUUCGAAUCUUGGCAAGCCUAAAUUUUGUUAGGCCUUUUUUUUUACAACUGCAUAAGUUUUGCUGUUAACUGCGAGGAUCUUCUUUGCAUUUCACAUCUGAAUUUUACAUAUAUAUUUUUUAAAAUACACUUUCAACAUGAAAGUGUAAAGAGUUCGGCACUUUUUUGACUAUCACAACAGAAAAAAAAAGAGUUAAACUUGAAGUAGGAGUCAGUUAGGUUUGAUGUUAUGCUCCUUCCCACUGUAAAAAGUACAAUGAUUCAUUAAUGCCUUGCAGCUAGAGACGAUGUACCUCAUGCAGACUUGGCAAGUGAGACAACUUUUUUGCUUGUCUCACGAUUUCCCUCUUGUCUCAUGCUCUCAUGAGCUGAUAACUGAUUGAUUUCUCACACGUUCUCUGAAAUUCACACUCAAAAAACCUUUGGCGACAUCUGUAGGGUUUGUUUCCAAGUUAGAUAGCAAACACUUGAAUUACCAACUUGGUGCAAUGUUUGUAUUCUUCAGCCUACUGUAACUUGCUGUGGCCAAUGUUAAAAGAAACAUGAAUCGCUCAUGAACCCCAGCAAUUGUUUGAAUACGCAGUGAUGAAGGAGAUCUUUUCUACUUUAAAAAGAAAAAUUUCUUUGAUCACCCAUUAUCCCUACUGAAAAUAGUUCUACUAGGAAGAUUGUGGCCUGUGAAAACAGCUGUUUCUCCUCACUCAUGGCCGCUGGGGACAUUCUGCAUUUCGUUUCCUCCUCGCAAAACAUCCCAGUGGCAACAAGCGAGGAGAAACAGCUGUUUUUGCAGGCUACCACUUCUCUUACCUUUCGGGCUUGCAAGCAAAUGCAUGUGAACUUUACUGUUCCAGAGCAGUUGUGCAGGCCUACCAUUACAUCCCCCCUUUUACUAAGAUUGACUUCAUAUUGGCAAGUGUUGCUUACCAGUCAGACAACAACACGUCUGAUGGGCUGCUCUGCGACCAUUGGACAUCAGCAGAUAUUUAACCCAUGGAAAGGGUGACUUCAAGAGGGCACUUAACAGGCAAUUAUCUCGUAAUUAACAGACUCUAGAAGACUGGUGUUGUUGGUAUUUCUAUAACUAUUUCCAUUUAUUCCUGAUUAUAUGAUUGUUUAUUUUUCGUUUUUUGUUUGUUUAUGAUUAGGGAACUGGAGCAUCUCUUGCCAGUGAGGAGGACGUGAGAGAACUGGAAGCUAAUUCAAACUGUAUGUGUACAGCAUGAGAAAACAUCAUAGGGUGAUUAUUAGAAAUAUGGAAAAAUAUGAUGUGUCUUAUAGAAGAGGUAUCAUAAAUAAGAUGCAAAUGUCUCUUGUAAAAGGUGAAAGAAAUGUCUUUGCAUCUCAAAGUAGGUCCACAAUACCUCUUAUGUGUAAAAGAACAGACACUUUGCAGCCGAAAUAACCUGUAGUACCUCUUUAAUCUCUUCAAAAUACUUUGACAAAUUAACUUUGAGUCAGUUUCAUCAUUUUUGUUUUUGUCUUUGUUUUAUUUUCCUCUGUUCUUCUCUCUUUCCUUAAAAGGCACAGGUUAUGAGGAUGUUACGAUUUGGGGACUAGGAUCAAUUUAAUAGAACUUUUACAUGUGUAAUUUACAAGUGUAGCCAUUGUUUUAGAGUCUGAGAACAAUAGCUACACUUGUAAAUUACAUGUGUAAAAGUUUUUAUUAAAUUGACCCCUGGUGCUGGGGUUGGGUUGAUAUUGGAAGGGGGUUCUUAAAAAGAAACAGCCUCAAAGUUUAGAUCUCCAGAGCUUGACAUCUCUGUUAGGGCGUAAGGGGCGCAUAUGGUUACAGUAAAACAAGUAGCAAAACCGUGCAACUUGUUUUGCAGCAUUCCUGCAAAACGAGCUGAAUAGCAAUGCUACACUUUUUACAACCCACGGGACAAACCUGUCUUGCAACAUAUCAGGUUGUUGCAGGUUGCAAAGUUGUUGCAGAAAGCAGAGAGUUGUUCUACUUUUAGAAAAACAAACCAGAAUAAUUGUGCAUUUUACUGGCACAUGGCAAACUUGUUAUGCAACAAGUGACAUAACUCCUGUGUAUGGCAUGAUAUCCGCAUAAUUUUAUCCAGUCAGGAGACAGUAUUCAUGCAACUUGCAACAACCUGAUUUUUUUGCCGGACAGGUUUGAACAUGGGUGGUAAAAUGUGCAACAUUGCUUUUCAACUCCUUUUGCAGCAAUGCUGCAAAACAAGUUUAACGUAUUUCAUUGCCUAAUUUACCGUAGCUUAAGUAUAGUCAUAACAGAAUCCGGCUGAAUAUUUAUUGCAGUCAGUGCAAAAGAGAUACCCAAGCUGAUGAAGAGAUUUGCUCGCUAUGAUCCAGAUGGCAGAAAUGGUGGUAUAACAUUGAAACAGUUUUUGGACAUACCAGAAAUAUCAACCAAUCCAAUAAUGCCUAAAGUGGCCUCUGUGCACCUUGAUUCAAGAUCACGCAAGAUAACAUACAGGUCAUUUAUCAACAUGCUGUCUAGACUGAGUCCACGCAACUCACUUGAUGACAGGAAGGAAUGUGAGUUAUUAUUGUAGCUAAUGCGUCAUUUAAUCAGUCAUUCAUGUUUUGUCUGUCUAAUGUGCAAGUUGUAUAAAUCUCUCCACUGCUAUAUUUUCCAACCUCACUGUAUAAGAGAUAGACAUAAUUUAAUGUCAAAUUAUUCACGUUUCAGUGCAUAUGUUUAUUUAAAGUAAUUUCCUGGUUUUGCACUGUGCAUCACCCACUGCACAUAACAUUGCGACAUCAAAGUUGGCGGUGAUAUUUACCGGUUGCCUUAAAGGAUAAUUAACAAAAGCCCCUUUUAUAGUCUAAAUAGUUUUAAUAGCGAUUAUGAUAACUUUUCCCUGCUAAAAUGGUGUAGGUCUUAAAACUUGCCCCAGUCAUUCUGUGAGAUUCAGGGCCUACCUUAGCAUAAGUAGAUGCUGAUGACUUCUUUAUCUCAUGAUGUGAUGAUUGUUUAUGGUUUGUUAACUGCAGUUGCAUUUCAAGUUCUGGACACUGAUGGCAAUGGACAGUUAUCUUACCAUGAGUUAUUCAGUUUGUUUAGAAUGGUGACAGGACCGGUACUGACAGAUGACCAAGUGGUGGAACUAAUAGCAGGAAUUCUCAGCAGGAGCAACCUGCAGCAAGAUUCCAAAGUGUCAUUUGAGGAAUUCACUAAUGUAAGGGAUUUGAUCAUUUUCAUUCUAAGCCAACUUGAAUAGAAAGAGGAAAUCUGAAUCGAACACCGACAACCUGCACGAAGCUUGAGAAAAACAGUCGACAAUUCGCGACGCCACUACUGGUUAACGUCUGAGGAACGAGCGCAGAAAUUCCAUACUGAUGACGUGUCACAGGAUAGGGUUUCUGAUUGAUUGAAGCAAAUCUUCCAAGCAGCACGACCAAUCAGAAGCACUACCGAGAUCUGGGUAUUUAUCCGUCAUCAGUAUGGUAUUUCUGCGUUCGUUCAUCAGACGUCAUAUCAGGGGCACCCAACGAGAACAUAGUUCAAAACCACUUAAACAUAGCAUUGCUGAAUGUAUUUUAGUAUUUAAACGGUAGAUAUAGGCAUAUUUUAAUCCCCUUGAAAUUUUUCAUCUGUUCGGAUUUCCUAGCUGAAAGUCUAGUGAAAAUUAUAGGGAUCAAAACUUACCUUUUCGAAAAUUUCAGCCAGAAAAAAGGCCCCCUAAAAUUCUAGGUGACCUUUUUAGGGUAAAAAUCCGUUAAAAAAUGGGCAAUUAUACCAUUUUUUAGAUGUUCGUAAAUCCAAGGAGAGGCAGGCAAGCAAGAAAUUUUACAACAAAUGUUCGGAAAAUUCUAGAUCUCAAAUCGUCUUCCUAACAGAUAUUUUCUGAAAAUUGACGUUGGGUGCCCCAGGUCAUAUUCAUGGGGAACUUCCCCAGUGGCGUUACGAGAUGUCGACUGUUUUCUCUGGCUAUUAGCCUGCACGCAAUCUCUUUAUGUUUGCAAGCAUAUUCUCCAUACAGUUGGAAAGAAUUUGUUUAGCAAACAAGACUCUGAUACUUACUGGUCGUGUCCAUAAUUUUCAUGGAUACAUAUGUUCAAUUAAGCAUUGUUUUUUCAAAGAGAAAAUAUUUAGAGGCCAGCAGAUUGGAGAGUUAUCUUCUCUUCAAUGAGCUUCAUUUCUCAGGUUUAAAGGGUUUCAUAUCUCUUACAGCAGUAGCAUAAUGAUUUGUCGAACACACGUUUAAUAGUUGAUUUGCUCGUAUUUGAUACAUAGCUCUAGCUUUUUAAUGUGUUCAUUUCUGUACUAAUUGAUCAAGUUUUAACUUCUAUUGGAUAUUUCAGAUUGUUUCAGAUGAUGAAAUUGAACAGCUUUUCACUGUGGAGUUGCAGCUUCCAUAGUACACGCCAUCAAGUUGGUGUUCCUGGACGCUGGAUACCUUAAAUCACUCCUACCAAGGGGUUGCUUACGUCGGCAACUUUGUCCACCCUUAAGGACGGUGCCUAUUAUUCCUACUGUGCACAUUUUCUGCGCAUGCCAAGGUAGUCGCGCGCGACGCGAAAGAAAUGUGCAACACGCAGGACACGCGGACUGGUUUUGUCUCCUCUAAGUCUGGGAGGUUCUAGUUAUUUCUUGUGGAAAAGAUGCGUCGUUUUUCAACAGAUGAAAAAUAAUUUUUAUUAUAUAAACUGCAGUGUUUUACAAGGAUUUCUACCACCGAGAAAUGUGGUAUCUGAACACACGUAAAAAUACGAUAUUUU